AUGCUACUGAAGAUCGUUGAGAACGAUGAUUUCCGUGACAUUAUAAUUCACGAAGGCGAAUCAUUUCUUCUACCAGGAAACACGCCUCACUCUCCGAGAAGAUCAAAGGACACGAUCGGCCUAGUAAUGGAACGAGCUCGUCCGCCACAUAUGAUCGACCGGAUCCGGUGGUAUUGUGAUAAUAAAGCGGCCCAUGGCACAGUCCCCACAAUCAUCAGAGAGGAGUCGUUCUACUGUGCAGAUAUUGAAACACAGCUCAAAGAGGUUAUUGAUAACUGGAUGGAGGACGGGGAUAGCCGGAGAUGUGGCAGCUGUGGAGAGAUCGCUCCUACCCAUUGA